UCGAUGUGGAAUCGGGUUGGUCGUGUGUAGUUCCUGCAAACUUGUCUUGACCUAAUGCAUCGUAUCCCCGCCACUGCACAGGGGCCGCCUUCUGCAGUAGCUAUGGCAGUUGGCGGCAGUGGUUCAUACGACCUUCUGACUGCGGCUGGUGAGAGUAGGAACACCAGUGUGACUAGUAGGAGGGCUCAGCGGGAGCUCGACAUUGGUCUACUGGGAGACUGGGACGAAGAUAAGGAGGAGGAGAAAGAGGCAGGGGUAGAGGAAAGAAGGAAGGGUGGUAUAAGUAAGACACCCACUCCUACAGCUCAGAGUGUGUUGGGAGGACAGACAGACUUAUCCAAGAGACAAGAGAGAAAGAUCGCAAAGCCAGGGGUCAACAUCAGCUCACAUCUGGCUGGAAGAAACAACGAUGAACGACCGAUCUCAUCUCUGAAGAAAUCAGCUCCAAAGACAUACAAAUCGACAGCUGCAGUGUCUGAUGAUGAUGAUCUCUUUAAUCUCCUGGCCGACGAGAAAGAGGAGAAGGUAAAACAUAGGCCAAAGUUUCGAGCAAAGUCACAGACUCCCAGGGAAAAGGUGGAGCUACAGAAAACUCCAUCAGAAGAGCCCGUAGAUAGACCAAAGUCCAGGAAAGGGCCUGUUAAACUACCAGAGAAACUUCCAGAAACUAUUACCUCGGCCUUGGAACCAGCUAGUGGAUCUAGAGAGGGCUCUGGGGCAAACAUUCGGACACUAGAUGGCUCAGGAGCAGAGAAGAAAGCCAGUGCAUUAAUAAAGAGAGAUAGUAAUGAAGCUACAAAGCGAGGAAAAGGCAGACUUUCUGCUAGCAGUGGGUUUGUUGUGGAGGAGGAAGAUGAUUUAUUGAGUAGCAUGGGGUUGGAUGAUGGCAAAACCAAGGUCCUUGAGUACUCAGAGACCAUCAGUUCAACAGUACAUGAAACACCAGCCAAAUCCCCAGUUCAAGAGGAAGUAAGAGAACACAAAAAGUUUAUCUGAAGAAGAGAGAAAUCCAUCCACAAAGGGUGGUGAAAAGGCAGAAGAUGAAGAUAGUUAUGUGUUUGGUGGCUACACACCAUCAAUAUCAUCAUCAGGCCCCAGACGAAAGGGCCUCCCCACUAGCGUCAGCACAGGAGGUGGCAGUCUAUUGUCAGAGAGGCCCGCAUUCAGGGGGAGGAACACCCAUUCCUCAGAGCUACAGAUGUCAGGUGUGGAGGCUAGAAAACCUGCAGAGAUUGGACACAAGGACAGUAUAAAAGAUUUUGAAACUGAACAGAUGAUUGAACAAGUCAAACCUCCAUCAGAAGUUGCAGGCAGACCUGCCAAGAAAUCUGUCCGUUUUGCUGGAAGUUUAGAUUUAGCAGCUGGCACAAACUCUCUGCCCCCUAAGGAGCUACACAAGAGAAAGAAGAGAGAGAACGGGGAGGUCUUGGGUCAAGAAACCACCACAGAUGAGGAGAUCCAGACUCUGAAAACAGGCGGCAUAGGACUGGUUGGCUCUGAGCCAAAACUAGAGCAUCCAGUGUUCCCCUGGCAGCAGAGACGACAGAAGAGGCGAGAUGUGGGAGUGGUGGGUGACAGAAGCUCCACAAAUCCACUGCAUACAACCUCGCUCACCAGUACAGCAACACCUCCUACAUCAGACAUACUGACUCAGCAAGCAACAGAGAGAAGCAGAGAAGGAGAGGAAGGAAGGGGUGGAGCUGAUCAACGGACACUUCGAGAGCCAAGACCAGUGGAGAAAUCACAAAUUGAGUCUUUGAAAGCCAAAGUGAAGUCACUGGAGACUCGGCUGGAGCUGUCAGAGCAGGAGAGACAGAGUCUGGUCGAGAGAGUGCGGACAGCAGAGGAAGAGAAGAGGGAACUGCUGGGAGCUACUACGAAAUCCAAGGAACUGGAGCUCACUUCUCAACUGGACCAACUUAGAGCUGAGGUCCAUAGAUUAGAGUGUGAGAGAGACCAGUUGAAGACUUCGGUGGAGAAUAUGAAGACACACAGUACAGAAGAGCAGGCAGCCAUUGAUAAAUCUCGUAGUGCCAGAAUACAAGUACUGGAAGAGUCAUUUCAAAGAAGAGGAGCAAAAUGGAGAGAGGAGCUGGAGACUGAGACUGCCCACCAUAGAGAGAGGCUGGAGCAGGCAGACAGAGACAAGACUGAUUCCGUGCUGGCUCUCCGGAAGAAAAUUGAGGCUCUGGGACUUUCAAAGACCAAUGAAAUAGCUCAGCUCCAGGAGAUCCACAGAUCAGCAGUGGCUGACAUGAAAAGAGAGCAUGAAAUGGACCUGAAUCGCGUGAAGGACAUGCACAGACAAGAAGUUGAAGCUCUGAAAGCAGCACACUCCCACACUCAGCGACUCUCAGAGCUAAGCAGUCAGGUGGAGGAGACAAUCAGAGCAGUGAAUGGACUCCAGGCCAGAGUGGAGCAGACCCACAGACAGAACCUGGAUGACAGCCACCAAAACAGCCUAACACACCAGCAAAACCUAAAGACACUAGAGGAGAGGCUGGGGAAGCAGUACAGAGAAGUGGAGAGCCAUAGGGAGCUCCUGAGGUCUGUGGUGGGUAGACUUGAGACCCACCUGAGGCAGCAGGCCCAGAGUCUUGAGGGUGAGAGGUGGAGUCUGCAGCAGGAGUCAGCCAGGGUGAAGGCUGCUGAGAGGGCUCUGGAGGAACAGAGAAACACUCUGCUGGCCAGGCUGGAGGAAGAGAGAAGGGAUAUGACUGACAGCAAAGAAAGGUUUCUGGCUGAGCAGCAGAAGCUGUUGUCAGAGUGUCUCAGUGAGCGCCACUCACUGGCAUCAGAGAGAGCUCGGCUGGCUGCAGAACGAAAGACAUUUGCAGAGGUGGAGAAGAGAGUGGCACGGCAAAGACAAGAAAUGGAGGCAGAGUGUGCGGUAAUGAGUGAAGAGAGAGCUCGGUUGUCCAUGGAAGCAACUGGACUACAACAGGAGGAGUCCAGAUUGAGAUCUGAAUCAGCCCAUGUGGAACAGCUCAGACUAGCGGUUGAGAGGGAGAGAGCAACUCUGCUAGAUAAGAUGAACCUGGCCGAAUCCAGUGGACAAGAAGCUAACAGACUCAACCAAUCAUCUCUGGCUCUCCAGAGAGAAGGGGGGGAGAAAAUGGCGGCUGCAGAGAGGCUGCAAAUGGGGCUGGCCGAGCAGGCAGAGGUGGUGAAGAGAGAGAGACGAGAACUGGAGGAAAGGGAGAGCCAGCUUGUCUCGGAAAGACUGGCAUUUGCUCGCGAGUGUAGAGAACAUCAGGAAAAUCACUUGCAAUCUGAAUUCGUUCACUCCCAACCAACCCCGAUUUUAACAAGCACUCGGAGGAUGAGUAAUGCAUUUACUGCUGAGCUAGAUCUCUCCCAUUCCUUUCCUCAACCACUAAGACCAAGCAGUAGCAGACAAAAGCAUAAGGAGGGGGACGAUAAUGAGUUGUCAUCGCAGCAACAGUCUUCUCAUCAGGAAGAGCAAUCCUUACGCGAAGAAAGGGAGUUACUCGCCACUAUUCAACACCAGAACUCUCUAAUGCUCACUAACCAUUACAACAGACCAUAUUUACCGAGGAAUGAAAAACUAACAUCAUAGUGUGUUAUAUAUUGUAUGUGCAGAAUAAUAUACUUUGUGAAUUUUAUAAGUUCAUGAGUUGUGCCGUCCUGUCUUUGUCGAUUACCUCCAGCUCACGCACCCUCUGAGAAAUUUCAGUCAUGAUCUGGCCAUGGUGUUCCUUCCCCUGUCCAAGUGCCUCCAUGUCCGAAAGAAACUUCCGCCUUUCCUCAAUCUCCUCCAGAACUUCUUCAAACCUGUCUCUGUCUUCGUCUUCCACUUGACGUUCAUUCACUGACUGUUUCACUCCAGAGGUUGGCUCUGGAUCGCCCCUGCCGUAGGUCAUCAGAUUCUGCAGC